GUUCCUGCAAGUCACUAGUGAUAUUAUUAGAGCAAGACACUGUAACUGAAGUACUGAUACUCUGUUAGUAAUCAACGUACGAAACAUGGCCUCGAAAUCAGCUGUCUUUGUUUUGCUCAUGGUAGUCGUUGCAGUAGCAGCCCCAAUAGCAGUAGCACAAUUGGGGACCGUAGGUCGUCUGCUGGAUCGGAUCCGCAUACAGGGGACUGUGUUUUGCUCUAUCAAUGCCACUGGUAGUACUGCCAGCCCGGUCUUCCCAAAUGCUCGGGUACAACUGCGGUGUGGAAUUGGAGAUGUGGUUUCGAGGGCAACGACGAAUAGGUUAGGAUUGUUCUUGAUGCAGUUCAUUCCACGACAAACGCUCUCUUCAAUCUUGGCCGAGUGCAAUCUAUUUGUCAUCACACCACUCGCCAGGUGCAACGCUACUCUUCCCGGUGUGGGGGUCUUGCGCUCGCCCUUACAGUUUAUAGGAAACACUACUGUUGGACUUAUUAAUAAUAUCAACAUUGUUCCAGGUGGGUUCGUCCUUGUUAAUGUCACAGUUUGAUCAACAAAUAAGUUAAAUACGUAUGCGAAUAAGGCCUAUCAUGACCAAUCACAGGAAGAUUAUAGUAUUAAAUAUUACUUUUCUAAAGUAAGUCGUCAUAUCCUAAGAGUUGUCUCCUUUCUUAUUGCGAAGGUUGUCAUGAUCAAAACUGUAAACUUCUUUACGAAGCAGUUCUGCUGUCAUUAAGGAAUAAAUUAAGCCUUCUAUCAAAA